CGCUGCAUCAACCCGGCAUACAGCAGCAGCAGCAGGCUGGGCAUAGGGAUCUAUUGUUCCCUGUUUUAUUACUGCCAGACCUCAUUCUCUCUCAGUAAGGAGCCAGAAGAGAAAGAGGAAAGGCAAGAGGAAAGCGAGAGAAGACCUCAGCCCUGUGUGCCUGGGAUUACUUCUUCUUGGACGCACCGGUGUGGACAAAGCAGAAAACACAUACAAGUGCAGCUCUCUACCUCGUGGUCAGGCUUGCUUUCUUCCUCCUGACUGCAUUGGGAACUACAGACCUCACCGUGUGGUGGCCAUGGGGCUGGCCAGCAGAGCUGCAGGGACACUGGGGGUUUCAAGUGGGGCAUCGCUCACCUCUCUCUGGAGGUUAGCACUGCUCUUUCUGUCCAUCUGGGAGCUGGAUGCACAAACCGCAGUGGAGAAUAAACCUCUGUAUAUCUGGCAAACAGGUCCAUGGGGUCGUUGUAUGGGCAGUGAGUGUGGUCCUGGAGGCAGCCAGAGCAGGGCAGUAUGGUGCGCCCAUUCUGAAGGCUGGACCACCCUGCACACCAACUGCAAUCAGACAGAACGUCCAGACAACCAGCAAAGCUGCUUCAGAGUAUGUGACUGGCACAAAGAUCUGUAUGACUGGCAGCUGGGAGCCUGGAACCAAUGUGUCCCAGUGUCGAUGCGCAGUUCCGGGGUGCAGCGCCCUGCUGUGUGCACCCGGGGAGAGGAAGGCAUCCAGACCCGUGAGGUGGGCUGUGUCCAGAAGGCAAAUGGUGAGCCUACAGAGGAUGCGAUCUGUGAAUACUUUGAGCCUAAACCACGCCUAGAGCAGGCCUGUCUUAUCCCCUGUCCUCGGGACUGUGUGGUGUCUGAGUUCAGCCCGUGGACUCCCUGUUCUAAAACCUGUGGGAUGGGCUUACAGAACCGGAUCCGCUUCGUUCUGGCUCCGCCACUGUUCGGUGGGGCAGCCUGCCCAAACCUGACUGAGUUUCAGACAUGCCAGCCAGGGCUCUGUGAGGGAGAGGAGAGCCUCUACAGCCUCAGGGUGGGACCCUGGGGACCUUGCUCUGUCCCACUGCCAAGACAAGCCAGACAAGCUCCCAAACCCCUCAGAGAGAGUGACAAACCAUCCAGGGAAAGCGACAAACUCUCUAAAGAAGGUGACAAACAGUCCAGAGAGAGCGAAAAACCAUCCAGAGAGGUUGUCAAACAGUCUAGUGAGGGUGACAAGCAGUCAAACCGAGGGGACAAACAGCCAAAAGAAGGAGACAAAUGGUCCAAAGAGGGUAAUAAACUGUCCAGAGAUGUUCACAAACCAUCCAGACCCAACAGAAAAUUGAGUAGGGCAAACAGGAGACCAGACAGGCCUUCCCGACAAGCGGACAGACCCAAACGUCAGAAAAAGGCUAAAAACAAGGAGAAAAGGGAGAAAAUGAGGGAGAAAAUCAGAGAUAGGUUAAGGGAAAGGGGCAAGUCAAAGGAUCCUGAGACGAGAGAACUCAUCAAGAAGAAGAGGAACAGGAACCGUCAGAACCGGCCAGGAGGAAAGUUCUGGGACCUGCAGGUUGGCUAUCAGACCAGGGAAGUGUCAUGUGUCCAUAAGAGUGGGAAUGUUGAAGCUCUCAGCCUGUGCUCUCAGGAGACUUUGCCGGUGACCUUCCAGGCCUGUGUGAUGACCAAAGACUGUGAUGUGACUGAAUGGUCUGAAUGGUCAGCUUGCUCCAAGGAGUGUUAUGACCCCAAUGGACCCAAGGGCGAACGCACUCGCACCAGAAAAGUGAGCCAGUUCCCAAUCGGUGGAGGAGAAGAUUGCCCAAAGCUGGAGGAGAAGGAGCCCUGCAGCCCUCAGGGAGAUGGGGUGCCACCCUGCACUGUUUACAGGUGGAAGACCACAGAGUGGACGGAGUGCAGGGUGGAUGUGCUGCUCAGCCAACAGGACCGUCGGCGUGGAAACCAGACAGGGUUGUGUGGAGGUGGUAUUCAGACCCGGGAGGUCUACUGUGUCCAGUCCAACAUUGAUACACCACCCAACCUCAGCUCACUCAGGAGCAAAGAAGCAUUGCGACCAGUGGACAGUGAUCUGUGUCUGGGCAUCCCCCCAAACACCACCCAGCUCUGCCACAUUAACUGUCCUGUAGAAUGUGAAGUGUCUUCGUGGGGUGCCUGGGGACCCUGCACCUAUGAAAACUGUCAAGACCAGGCAGCCAAGAAAGGCUUCAAACUGAGGAAGAGGAAAAUUGUCAGUGAGCUAAUGGGCUGGACAGGGAACUGCCCCCACCUGGUGGAGGCAAUACCGUGUGAAGACCCCAGCUGCUAUGACUGGCUGGUGAUUAAACUGGAGGAAUGUGUCCCUGAUGAUGAGAAAUGUGGACCAGGAACCCAGAUCCCUCAAGUGCAGUGUAUCAACAGUGAUGGUAAAUAUGUGGAGAGGCAGCUCUGUCGUGAUGCCAUCCUGCCCAUGCCUGUUAUCUGCGAGGUGCCUUGCUCAAAGGACUGUGUCCUGAGCCCCUGGACACCCUGGUCUCUCUGCUCCCAUACCUGCUCUGGAAAAAACACAGAGGGCAAGCAGACCAGAGCUCGCUCCAUCCUUGCCUAUAAUGCAGGAGAAGGUGGGGUCCUCUGUCCCAACAUCAGUGCCCUGCAGGAGGUGAGGCACUGCAAUGACCAUCCCUGCACUGUGUACCAUUGGCAAACCAGCCCUUGGGGGCAGUGCAUAGAGGACUCCUCCAUUCCUGCCACCAACACAUCUGUGAGCCGAGCACAUGGUGACGAGGCCUCUUGCUCAGUGGGGAUGCAGACCCGUAAGGUCAUCUGUAUCCGGGUCAAUGUGGGCCAGGUUCCUCCCAAAAAGUGUCCAGAGAGUCUGCGCCCAGACACCGUCAGGCCAUGCUUGCUGCCAUGCAAGAGAGACUGUAUUGUCACCCAGUACAGCGACUGGAGCCCCUGCCCAUCAACAUGUCGAGCAGGUGGUAACACUAGGAAGAAGCAGUAUAGGAAACGUACUGUCAUCCAGUUACCAGCCAAUGGGGGGCAGGACUGUCCUGAAGUGCUGACCCAGGAGAGAGAGUGUGAGGCUCCAUCUGUCUGUCAAGGAUACCGAUGGAAAACUCACAAGUGGCGGAGAUGCCAGCUAGUUCCAUGGUCAGUUCGUCAGGACAGCCCUGGAGCUCAGGAGACAUGUGGGCCAGGCCUGCAGAUUCGAGCUGUUUCAUGUCGGAAGCAGGAUGGUGGGCAGGCAGACAUUGAAGCUUGUCUUAAGUUUGCCAGCUCCAUGCCGCCUCUCAUCCAGCCCUGCCAGCUGCCCUGCCAGGAAGACUGUCAACUCAGCAGCUGGUCCAAGUUCUCCUCCUGCACAGCUGAUUGCGUGGGUGUCAGGACUCGCAAGAGGAUGCUAGUGGGGAAAAGCAAAAAGCGUGACCAGUGUAAAAACAACCAGAUGUAUCCCCUGAGUGAGACACAGUACUGCCCAUGUAACAAAUACAAUGCCCAGCCUGUGGGCAACUGGUCAGACUGUAUCUUACCUGAGGGCAGCCGCAUGGAGGGUCAGCUGGGUAUGAAAGUCCAAGGUGACAUCAAGGAGUGUGGCCAAGGAUAUCGUUACCAGGCCAUGGUGUGCUAUGACCAAGACAACCGAAUGGUGGAGACCUCUCGCUGCAACAGCCACGGAUAUAUCGAGGAGGCUUGCAUCAUUCCCUGUCCAUCUGACUGCAAACUAAGUGAAUGGUCCAACUGGUCACGCUGCAGCAAGUCCUGUGGGAGUGGUGUCAAAGUUCGCUCCAAGUGGCUCAGAGAAAAGCCCUAUAACGGUGGGAGACCAUGUCCUAAACUGGACCAUGUCAAUCAGGUGUAUGAGGUGGUGCCUUGCCUCAGUGACUGUGGACAGUAUGUCUGGAUGGCAGAGCCCUGGAGUGUAUGGAAGGUCAGUCAUGUGGACCUGAAGGACAACUGUGGUGAAGGUGUUCAGACUAGGAAAGUCAGGUGUAUGCUGAACACUAUAGAUGGACCCUCUGAGCAAGUAGAGGACUACCUGUGUGACCCAGAGGAGAUGCCCCUCGGAGCCCGCAACAGCCAGCUGCCCUGCCCUGAGGACUGUGUGUUAUCAGACUGGGGACCCUGGAGCCCAUGUCCACUGCCAUGUAGUGGGAACAGUACCCGGGAGAGGAGUGCUUACCCCCUUCGUAAGCCUGGAGAGGAGAAGGAGUGUCCUCCGUCUACAGAGACAGAGGCCUGCAAACUCAACAGCAACUGCUUCCACUACUCCUAUAACAUCACUGAUUGGAGUACCUGUCAGCUGAGUGACAGAGCAGUUUGUGGAAAUGGCAUCAAAACCCGCAUGUUGGACUGUGUACGUAGCGACGGCAAAUCUGUUGACCUCAGGUUCUGCAAAGAGCUGGGCCUGGAGAGGAAGUGGCAGAUGAAUGCUUCUUGUGUAGUGGAGUGCCCAGUCAACUGCCAGCUGUCUGAAUGGUCACCAUGGUCUGAGUGCACUCACACCUGUGGGCUGGCAGGCAAGCUGUGGAGGAGACGGACAGUGAUCCAGGCUCCUCAGGGUGACGGGAGACCAUGUCCAUCCCAGAUGCAGCAGUGGAAGCCUUGUCUAGUGAAACCUUGCUACAGAUGGAGAUACAGCACCUGGUCUGAGUGCAGGUCUGAGGGGGCAAAGUGUGGGGAAGGCCUGCGCUUCAGGAACGUGUCAUGUUUUGUGUCAGAUGGUUCAGGUCAGCAGGACAGCAGCCUGGUGGAUGAUGAAUUAUGUGGAGACCUGGAGCCCUCAGUGGAUGGAGAUACACACAUUGUUCUUCAGGAACAAUGUACUGUACCCUGCCCAGGAGAGUGCUACCUGAAGGACUGGACUGUUUGGAGUGCAUGCCAGCUAAGCUGUGUGAGUGGGGAUGACCUGGGUUUCGGCUCAGUCCAGGUUCGAUCCAGAGCCGUGGUGGCCCAGGAUCCAGAGAACCUGCUGCAGUGUCCAGAACAGGAGCUAGAGGCACGGCCAUGCACAGAUGGACAGUGUUUUGAAUACAAGUGGAAGACUGGACCAUGGAGAGGUUCAUCUCGCCAAGUCUGGUGUCAGCGCUCAGAUGGACUAAAUGUCACAGGUGGUUGUCCGGCAACUGUCAAGCCGAUGGCUGACCGAUCCUGUGACCCGCCCUGCACCAAGCCACGUUCUCUCUGCACAGAGGUGGGUGUAUGUGGCUGUGAAGAGGGCUAUACUGAAGUGAUGACCUCUGAUGGCCUGCUGGACCAGUGUACUGUCAUCCCAGUGCUGGAGAUCCCUACUGUAGGUGACAACAAGGCUGAUGUCAAGACAAUCCGAGCCUUUAACCCCACCCAGCCUGCAGUCAGCACACCAAACAGGGUGGGACGCACAUGGUUCCUGCAGCCCUUUGGUCCAGAUGGGAAGCUGAAGACCUGGGUGUAUGGAGUAGCAGCAGGAGCUUUUGUUCUGCUCGUCUUUAUAAUCUCCAUGACAUAUUUAGCAUGCAAAAAGCCAAAGAAGCCACAGCGACGACAAAUGAACAACAGACUGAAGCCGCUGACUCUGGCCUAUGAUGGAGACGCCGAUAUGUAGAAGUCUUCCUGCUGACCACACUGACCUACAGACAUUCGUAGUACUACAGGGCACAUGGGGUUGCUAUGGAAACCCCUUGAUGUCAGGGCUGCCGUUGGGCAUUUUUCAACCAACAUGCAGACACCUUGGGAAGAUGAUUUUAAUGGAAAGAGAAACCUCAGAGAUCAAGACACUGAAUCCAUGUCCAUGAGCAGCCUUGAUGUUACUGUCCUCUUUUUUUGAUCUCCAUUUUGAUACUUUGUUUCACAAGAGCCUUCAUGAAUUCUUUAUCUUCUUUUGGAAGUCUGCCUUUGCUUCUCUGCCAUCUACUGCCAGUAACAUUCAAACCAUGGUUGUUGGAUAGGGUCAUCUAAAAACAUUAUGCUCUAAAAGCACAAAUCUUCAUUUGUCUUUUUGUUAUUUUUGUCACAGCUGAGUGGGGUAAUCUCUGUAUAACACUCAAUUCUCGGUCCCAUUCACAACAUUCAGAACCCUCAGUGUCAAUAUGGUCUUGGUCCAUCUCAUGAAAAAAACAUAAAACCAGAGAAAAAACUAUAAUGAAUCCCAGAGCCACCAUCACUUCUGCCUGCCUAUCCUUUCUCAGCUUUUCAGGCAUAAUUUUGCACUAUAUUAGUGCAGCAUGAUAUGUUCUUAUGUCUAGCUUCACCAUAGGAAACUGCCUCAAUACAAGAUGGUGUACAGUCUUGUCCUAGAAAUGUAAAAAAGUAGACUUUUUGCAAACAGAACUUACCAAUGUUUGUUAAUAUUUUUCUUCUAUUACCUCUUGUAUGUGAUAUGAUGGGACUCAAUGUAAAUACGAUUUUUUUGUGGUCUCAACUUUACCUUUCUAGUAUGUACAGCUACGUGUCCCAAGCUCUGCCUGAGUUAAUUUAUUCUCUGAUGAUUUUUUGACAGCUGAAUUUUUACUUUUGUAAAUGAUUGAUAAGCAUCACUGUCAUCGAUUCAGACAGCAUGAGAAACCUCUACCAUUGUCAAACUCUGUAGCUGUGACAUGGGGGGAAAAAAGAGGAAACAAACCUAAACAUGAAAGAUAAGUUAAUAUUGCAUCUUGACUCCCAAGUAUUUAGGUGGGUGAGGAUGAUUAGGGCCUGUGACAUUAAAGUUUGGAGAUGAAUCUAAGUAUACUCAAAGGUGGAGUCCAUCCAAACAUGUUCUUAUCAAAGACUUAUAACUAAGGGUUAGUAAAUUAGUAAAAUGUUUUGGUUUUUUUUUACUAUUAAUGAGGACAUUAGUUCAAACUUAUAAAGCCUUAAUGAAAGUUGACUGCUGUGACUUUUUCCCCCAAAACAUCCUCUAUACAAGUUUGGUUAUUUAUUUAUUUUGAAUUCACACAGGUAUUUGAGAUGUUCUGUCUUUACUAACUUACAUUGUGCUCAAAUCCAGUCUAAUGUUGUUUACUGUACCACACCAAGAAACUAUUCUGUGUAGAUUUUCCUGGAGGAGGUUUCUCCCCAUUCACAGCUAUAGAGAAACAGUCGAAAAAAACCUGAAGGACUCACUUCUGUCUUACAGGUUUUAUUCAUCCAUUCAUGUUUCAUGAGAUUCAUCUAAGUGAACUUAUGUCAUGUAUCCCAGAGAGACACUGUGGAUGAACAGUUGCUGUGGUCUCCCCGUUUUAAAAAGCUUUCAGCCCAAACUGUAUCACUCUGGGUGACUUUGGUAUUUCAUGAUUGUGUAAAAUCCUAUCCAGGAACUUUUCUACUGAUAAAAGUAUUAUAUAGGAAUGUACAUACAGUGCAGACUAACGCUACUGCCUGAUGUAAGCUAAAAGCCCAGUCACCCAAAGUUAACAGUGUUAUUAUUUGUUAGUACUGAGACAUCAUGUCAUUGCCAGAGAAUGACAGUUUAAUAAUCUGUGGAGUUUGUUGCUAGUAAAUUAACAGAAUGUUUAAUUUAUAUUUCUUGGAAUAUGAGUUGUAAAUAAAGUACAAAAUAUUUCUUUUUUUAAUUUAUUGUUCAUGUACCAUAUUAUGUUUCUUUUUUACUGAACAAGAUGUUAUGCAUAAUGAAAAAGAAGAAAAAAGUUGCAGAUGAACCUGCCCUUUUCCUACUCUUUGUUAAUAUGUAUUUGACUAAUUGCUAAUAAUAAACAAA